CGACGACCAAGACGACGUCGAUUCUUCAAUUCCCCUGAAAGAGAUAUCAUCUUUCGCUAUACCAGCGCGGAAACCAACUCGGAGUUUCUUGACCUAUUAUGCUGGUCAUGUUCCAUCCUUGAAACCUCCACACAACGCAGACCACGUGACAUAUCUCUUGCGGGGGAAUGGCAGCCACAAGAACCAUGAGAAGCCUUGGAGUGCUUCGUCGAGUCAGUGUCCAACUAAAGGGGAGGAAUGUUUUUUACCAACGCCGUGGGGUCUCCUCAGUCUCAGACACCGACGAAUCCAUUGUGCGUGAGAUUCCUAAUAAAGCGCCGUUGGGGGAUUUGAGACCUUACUUCAAACAUGUACACCCUCAAGAGCAUUCAGACCCCCUGGAGGACAGCGAUGCCGAGAUCGACUUCCUCCAUCCGGAUUAUCUUCAAUAUCUUGCCGGUGGGUUGAAGCCGCAAGACGGUCAGGUCCAAGGGGUAGAAACGACUUCAGGCAAUGCCCAGGAGAAGAAGAAAGAGAACGUCGUACGCCAGGUUGGUGUCGAAGUUCCGCGAAUAGUCACGAGUAAGAUUCGUAGACCUGGGGUAACCUCGCACUUUGUCCAGAUUCGGGAUCUGGCACCUUUCCAUGCUGUCUUUCUCCGGGAUUCAUGUCCUUGCGAUCAAUGCAUUGAUCCAUCAUCGAAACAGAAGAACUUUCAAACUACGGAUAUCCCACCACAUAUCAGGGCUCGAUUUGUGAAAAACCACAAGGACGGCAGUACGACUGUUGGUUGGGAUAACGACGUUCCCGGCUUUGGACCCAGUCACUUCUCACACUUUCCAAAGGAGUUCUUCGAGACGAACUCCUCUCACAAUAGUAUCCUCGAAGACCGUUUUGAGUCAGAGAAGCCCAUACUGUGGAAUAAGUCUAUCAUUACCUCGAGGCUAGUGUACGGCCAUUAUGACGCCUACAUGAACAACGAUGCAGCUUUAUACCAAUUACUCCGAAAGCUGUAUCUAUACGGAAUCGUCCUCAUUCGCAAUGUACCCGAAUCAGAUAAAUCCGUGGAACGCAUUGCGGAGCGAAUAGGCAGACUUCGAGAUACUUUCUAUGGGAGAACAUGGGAUGUGAAGUCCGUUCCAGAAGCCAAGAAUGUGGCAUACACCGAGAAAUACCUAGGACUGCACAUGGACCUCUUGUACAUGGCCAAUCCUCCUGGCUUCCAAUUCCUCCACUGCCUCAAGAACACGGCCGAGGGUGGCGCAUCUAUCUUUUCUGACUCGUUUUAUGCGGCUAGCAGGCUUGAGCCGAGCGAAUUCAACUGGUUAAGCCACUAUCACGUCCCGUACCAUUAUCGAAACGCAGGCGAGCAUUAUCAUUACCGCCAUCCUGUUAUUGAAAUGAAAAGAGAUCCCAACCAGCGCGGGAGGAUUGCAAACGUCAACUACUCUCCCCCUUUCCAGGGACCUCUUGUAUUUCCGGGUGAGGAGCAAAAGAGAAAAUUCAAUCACUUCAUGUCACCAUUCAGGAGUUUUGCAGCUCAGGUCGAGAACGAGGACAACUUAUACGAAUAUCGAUUACAGGAGGGCGAGUGUGUGAUCUUCAACAACCGGAGGGUAUUGCAUGGGAGGCGACAAUUCGAUACUUCGGCCGGCGAAAGAUGGCUGAGGGGCUGUUACGUCGACACAGAUGUUUUCAUGAGUCGAUACCGCGUUCUGGCGCAAAAACGGGCCGAUCACGAUCUCCUUCCUGUGAAGAUUCCCAAGGCGAAAUCACCUAUGUUCCGGAGAACCCCAGGUUCUCAAGAAGCGGGCGAAUCUGAACAAGCGCCCAAUUCUGAACAAGCCUCGGUAUAGUAGUAGUAGAUAGCAACACCGUCGCCUCAGAUACCCUCAAUCCCAAUAUCAUCUCAGAA